AUGACCCUGGGGCCUCCUCCAAACCGCACCAGUGCCCACUACCCAGUGUUCAAGACGCGACCACCGGCGUCAUCUCCACCGAACCAGCCUCAUCCGCUCAGCUCACGCCUCACGGCCGCGGCCAAAACUCAGCUUCUCCGUCUGUUCAGGGCCCGGACCAAGAGUCGCAGACCCACCCACGCCGCUGGUCGUGAAACGCCCGCUCUCGACCCUCUCGACCCUGUCGAAACGGUGCUUUCGAAACGAUCCUCUUGCUCCUCCUCACGGUCGCACCAGUCCCGACGGUCCGUUCCAAGCUUGGUGGUCCCCAGCCUCCAUUACACAACGCUCGCGCCUGCUCUCGCCUUGAUUGAAACGUCCAAAGACACCAUCUUCGCUCCCAAUGCCGGGCACCCUCAGGACCACACCCCUCUCGAAUCGGUGCCGCGCCCUGACGUGAAGAGGACUCUGCCAUUGAGCAUGGUCUCUUGUGAAACAAAGACUCGAACCGGCGAUCAUGAUCGCGGUGUAAACGGUGCUUAUCGAUUGGGCUCCAGCAAGGCCAUCUCCGACGACAUCGUCACAAACAGCAACAAUAACAACAACACCUUCACCACCAUCCACAAUCAUCCUUCAAACAUGGAUGACGCCCGUCCCAAAAAUGAAGACGUCUUUCUCAAUAUCGCCCGAUCGGAUUCCAACCGUCGCGACUCGUUGGGUCGUGCAGAUUUCAGACGCGUGAGUGACUUUCUUUUCCCGGGCGACAACGAGAGAGGAGUGGCGGUUCCGACAAGGGGAAAGUCAUCGCCAAAGCAGAUGUGCGAUGAAUAUCGCUCUGCGAUACUGAGAAUACAAUGUGGCAUUGCUAACAAAGCAGGUGAGACAAAGCAGUCGCGACUAGGGUAUCCUCCGGCCAGCCUCCGGUCGCCAGCCUCGCAUACCGAACCUGAACACCACACCCCUUCGCCCGACCAACGCUUCAGCAACCCAGAGAGCCCCUUGCGUGCCCAGAAAGCCUCACCCACCCUUCUGUCAUCGUCGCAUAGUCAUUCCGUCUCCGCCUCGGCCGUCACCUCCGCUCACCCUCUUCUUGAUGAUCCCGCGCGCUUUCGCUAUUCCGGCCUUUCCAGUUCGCGAUCGGUCAUUGGCGUACCGCGCAGUCGACUCAGCCGAGCGAGUCCAGAAACCUCCCCGCGUUCACCACCCACUAGGGGUGAGCGACGGUCAUCGAUUCACGAGCAACGGCCGAGACGAUCGACUCUGUCUACGAGCCGAAGUGGCCGUCUACCGUCCUCGUCGGAACCCACUGAACGGGGACAAGAAGCCACGGACAAAGCGCGCGAUGGAACGGAAUCAACCUUAUCCACCAAUGCGCCGUCGACCGUCUGGGACGAACUGGACGAUUUGAAAUCCCGAAUCCGCAAACUGGAGCUGACGGGCAAAUUGCCCCCAUCGUCGCAUGAAGCAAUCACGGGUGCCUCCCAGGAACGACCACGCACCGCCGCGACAACGGUGACCGUCUUGUCGAAUUCGCCGAGACACCAUCGCAAGGCCAGCUCGCCCUCCGCCGACAAUGAAUCUCCGGCGCAAAACCCGGUCCAUCCACUCUUGCAAUCAGCCAUGACGAAGGCUCAAGAAGUGCUCUCCCCCGAAGUGUAUACCGCGCUGGAGGCCACGAUCAAGGAUGCUUUGGCCUUGUCCACCAUGCUGGGCGUCAAUGCAGCCCCCUCCGGCACGGUCUCCGUGGUGAACGGAGGCGGAGGUGGAUACAUUUCGCCCGAGAGACUUGCUCGUCGCAAAGCCGACAGUGUCUGUCGCAGCCUGACGGAACUGUGCCUGGCCCUGACGGAUAAGCAAUUGCGAAGAAAUCGGUCGGCGUCGACCAGUCGAGUGCUCGAAGCACAGCCACCGCGGGCAAGCGGCGGCGAGACUGAGUCGUUGGCGGCAGGCCCCUCCCAUCAGCGGACGGCUGCCGUGGAGGGCGUGGCUCUGGAGCGGCAUCCGAGUACGAGCAGCCGCAUCACUAGUCGAUUAGAAGCCCGUCGGCUGUCCCUCAUCAGCACGGCCACUCCGGCAGCGAGCGACAAUAGAUCGCUCCAAUCGCCCAGCGUAGCCCCGCCGCCGAGUCGACUUCAUCGCUUGUCUGCAUCCAUCCGCAGUCGCAGGCUAGCGCAGGAUGACGAGUCCCCAGAGAUGACCAGCCCGCUCAAUCGGUCCCUGGCCAGAGCUGUGACCGAGGUAGAGACACCCAUUUCGGCCCAACCCACACCAGCUCAGCCACGACUCUCUCUGGGACGCUCCCUAUCGCGAUCGGUGCCAGCUGCCGCACAACAAGACCAGCGAGAGCAGGGAGUGGGCAUUUCACCGCGUACCUCGCAGUAUCAACAUCUACCCUCUGGAACUGCGGCGUCCCCACAAGCUCAGCCUCAAACACCGACUCCUUCAUCUCAUUCGAACAUCUCCUAUCGCCGUAGCUUCAUCGCAACGCCUGCUCAGUCCCCCGCGGUUCCACGCUCGAAUAUUCAGGCAGGAUCUCGCCGGUACGGUCUGUCGUCUGGUCAACCCAAUGCCACAUCGGGCUCGGUGGUCGAAGGGCCCACUCGAUUCAACCCACAAGACGUCCCUCGCAGCCGGAUCAGUGUACCUGCCGCCAAAAUUGCCGCGAACUACACCCCUACUACACAGCCACGUCUUCGCACGAAUAGCCUGGACACACGACGUUUUGGGCUCCGACGCCGCUCGGCCGUGACGCCGGACGAAUCCUUCAAUAUGGAUGACAGUAUCGACUAA